AUGGCCCAAAACCCAUGGCAUAUUACAAAAUUAAAAGAACUAAGAACAAGCAAGUUGGAAAAAAUUAUUAAUAAGUUCCAGGAAGAGAAUAACCACUUAAUGUGUAUACCAAAAUUUAAACAAGUACAAAAUUUUUUAAGUACAAUACAAGAAGAUUCAGAAUUAAUAAUUAAUAAAAAAACAUUUAAUGUUGCGCACAUAUGUUGCAUAGCACAAUUACGCCCAAUGUAUGUAAACAAUGUAAAAGAUGGGAUAGCAGUUUAUUUAUCCAAUUUUAUGCUAAAAAUGAACCAUGAUAUUGAAGGGUUUAGUGUAUGCUUUAACAGUAUCAAGCUAAAAGAAAAGGAGCCUAUAACACUAAAUAAUGAUCCUACAGUUAUGUUUUUAAAAGUAACCUUUAAGCUUUUAAUUAUAGUUUUAAAGGAAAAUUAUAAAAUAAAAGUAAAAAUAAAUACCAUCGAACCAUCAAUUAUGCGUAUGGAAAUUUUUGGAAUUAUUGAAGCAGUCAUAAGUGAUGAAAAUGCUAAAGAAUUUUAUUAUGAAGGAAAAAGUAAUACAUUUGUUAGACAUAAAACGACUUAUUCAAUUAACGACAUUAUAAAUUUUACCAUAAGAAAGGUGACUCACAAAGAUAACGGGGAAAACGUCAAGGUCCUUGGACUUGUUUAA